AGGGCAUCAAAUCCUCUUUAUUCGGACCCUUCCUUGGCUCACCUCUGCUCCCAUUCCGGCCAGUUCAGGGCCCGAAGCUACCACCAUGGCAAACCAGUACAACAUCAAUGAGGAGAAGAUCCUGAAAGACAUUCAUACCAAAGAGAUUGACUUGAUCAACAGGGACCCCAAGCAAAUUAAUGAGGAUGUCGUGAAGGUAGAUUUUGAAGAUGUGAUUGCCGAGCCUGAUGGCACACACAGUAUGGACGGAGUGUGGAAAGCCAGCUACACCACCUUCACCAUCUCCAAGUACUGGUGCUACCGCAUAUUGUCUGCUGUCUUUGGUAUCCCAGUUGCGCUUCUGUGGGGAUUCUGCUUCGCCUGCAUCUCUUUUUGCCACAUCUGGGCCGUCAUGCCCUGCAUCAAGAGCUACCUGAUUGAAACCCAGUGCCUGAGUCGAAUCUACUCGCUCUGCAUCCACACAUUCUGCGACCCCUUCUUCGAGGCACUCGGCAAAGUAUUCAGCAGCAUACGAGUGGCACUUCGCAAGGAAGUGUAGGGGUCACAAAAACAAUGUUCACAAUGGCUGCCAGGGAAAUUGGGUGUUCUUUUGGUUUCGUUUUAUUUUUUUAAAAGAGGCCAGAUGGGCUUAGGCCUCAUCCCCAUUGCCUUUAUAUGAAUAAAAACUAGGUAGAUGUACAUAAUGGUGACUGAAUGCUGCUGCUUAGACAUUUUUUUAAGGUGUGGUCAGAGGUAUUCAGGCAGAUCACCUUGAGUUUCUCACGUGUUCAGAGAAAUAUUUAUGUUGAAGAGUAUUUGAGAGUUGACAGUGGAUGACAAGUCUUAUGCGUUUAUGUGAUAAGGCCUUUUCUCUGUGUACUAAUUAAAGAUUAUUAUUGGGUACAAGUUUAUUACUUUACUGUGUUCCUGUAAUGUUAAAAUAGAAUGAAAGAAGAUAAAAUUGCUUGUGGAAUGAUACAAUCCUUAUGUUCUUGCCUUUAUAAAUUAGAUAACUCCAGAUGUAUUGAUUUAUCACAUACAAUAUGUGUGAUUUGGACCGUACACCAAAUAAAUAUAUCUAAGAAAG